UCUAAUGCAGAUUUUAUUCAUUUCAUUUCUAAACUGGAAUCCGUUCAGCCCGACUGGGAUCGAGGGAACCCGUAGGCCAGCUGAUCGCUUUCCUCUGACGAUGGCUGCAUUAUUAUCAUUAUUAUUUUAUUAUUGUUAUUGUUGUCAACGGGGAUGAUCGCGCUCGUCUGUGGCAUAAAGACCACCUGUGCUGUUGUAAGCAGGGCAGUUGCCUCAUCUCUAGUCUUAUAUCAUUUAUUUGCACUUUGCAGAUGUAAAUUUCCCCCUUUUGCCAAACCAGCAGGCGGAACCUGAGCAUGUGCAGAUCCUCAGUCAGUGGUGCAUCAUGCUGGAUCAGGUUUAGGGUUUAAUGCCCUGCAGGAGAAUCAUGACUAGGAUGCAGGAAGGGUUCUGCUUGACAGAGUUUUACAGGCCUCGCUCAGCGUGCAGAAACUCAUUUAUGAUGGUAAUAAACAAAAUAAGCAGCUCCACAGGUAACACACCUGUAGUUCUGUUCAAAUCAAACAGACCCACUCAGGCACAGCUACAGCAGCAGGGUUAGAGGAGGUAACGGUGGAGUCCACCAUAGCAGCAGCGAUGUCUGAAUGUCUCCCGCCUUUGAUCAUCUGUCUAACUCAGACGAUGACGCAUGCUGCCAUGUGGCUCUACUCAUGUAACCAUGCUGAGAUCCCUCUGCUGCUGUGGUUGUGCUCUAUGACCCAGUUUGGUCCAGCUGUUGGAUGGAUCUUCUCACAUGUGUGUCUGGAAUACUUUGGUAAUUGGAGGAGUUCAUGUCCAACCCAAUACCAGGCCCAAAUCAUCAGCUCUCCACCACCGUGCUAACUGCUAUUAUGAGGUUCUGGUGUUUGCUGUGAAUCAUGAAUCUGUGGUCCUCAUGAGCAUCAUGUGGACCCCUGGGAAGCUCAUCAGCAUCUUAAGUGUUGUUCUUGGUGUGUGUAAACACACACCUACGCUCCAGACCGCCACAAGCCCCUAUCACGGUCGUUCUGAUGACAGUAGGGCUGAAUGAUGUCAGAAAAAACAUGCAGAUUUUUGGUUUACUUGUCUACGUUGUGAUAAAUCCACAUUUUCUUGACUCUCACCACGACGUAACAAAGCAUCCCUCACAACUCUAUCAUCUGGGUGCAGAGAGAUGGACAACACAACCAUGACAGCUCUAGCUAGCUGUGAGUAAGAGGAGGCAUCGUUGAGACGUGUUGUGACUAAACCGCAAGAAGAAACUUGGCACAAAAUUCAUUAAAAUAUUUUCACUGAUUGUUUUGUUUGUUGGUUGUUGCCUCAGCCUGGUGGGUUGUUGCUGUUUCUGAGUGUUCUGGCCUACUUUCAGCUCCUCUUCCAUGUCUAAUUCAUGUCCGUCUCCUCCCUUCUCAGGGAUGGCGCGCGCUCUGAGAGCCACUUAAUGCUGCUGUUUCAGGAAACUGGAACCAGCCUGAAAUCCAUGUUUGUUCCUGUUUGUUUGAGCAGUGGGGCCUAGCGAUGUGCUGCCCUCCUUUUAGCCUUAAGCCAAGCCUCGGACAGUUACCGGUUUUUAGCACGCUUUGCUGUAAGGGUGGAGGGAGUUUAAAGUUGCAUUAUGUACAAAUUACAGCAGAAGUUUCUGAUUCAGAAGAACAGAAACCUUUCCUGACGUGUGAUUAGACUGGAGACCUGUCCUGGACGUCCCCCACCUGCUGGCUGAUGGAGGCAGAGCAGCUCCCCGCGACUCUAGUGAGCAGGGUUCAGAGGAGGAAUGGAAACCAUUUAGUUCAGCUGCUUUUGAGUAAAAGUAAUAAAUGAUUAUCGGAGGCCUCCCGAAUGACCUCUGAGUUAUAUCCAACAGGACUGAUGAACUAACAGCUGAGCACAGAUUCCACAACAACUCAUGAAAACAGUGUUUUAUACAUCACUGUUGUUGCUUUCCACGAUUAUUUAUGUGUGUGAAAUUCACCAGCUGCAACAAAACGCAGCUCUUCACUACAACUAAACUUUAUUUAUAUAGCGCCUUCACAUGGCCCAAGGACCAAACAAAGCGCCGCACAACAGAAAUGAACAUGAAGAAAUAAAAACAUAUAAAACCAUUUAAAAACCAACAAAAACAUGCAGGUAAAGUCUAGGUGGGGGAGCAAAAAGUGCAAAGCCAUCCGUUAACGAGACUCCUCUUGAGUAAAAGCCAAAGAAUAAAAGUGUGUUUUCAGACGGCUCUUAGAAUUGCCGAGCGUGGUGGCCUGACACGUAGGUAGCUCAUUCCAGAGCCUCGGCCCCAGUACCGAGAAAGCACGACCCCCCCGAGAUUCCAGUCUGGUUGGGAACGACCAGCAGUCCUUGCUGUGCUGACCGAAGGUUCCUUGAGGGAACAUAAGGAUGGAUCAGAUCCGAUAGAUAUCAUGGAGCCAACUCAUUUAAACAUUAAAAACAAACACCAAAACUUUAAAUGAAAUUCUAAAGGAGACUGGAAGCCAGUGUGGGGAUGCCAAGACAGGCGUGAUGUGUUCAGAUCUCCUGGUACCAGUCAGUAACCUGGCUGCCGCGUUUUGGACCUUCUGUAGUUUGGCUUCAGGUGCACGCAGGGCUCAAGUCUGGCAGGAGUUUGUUAAAGGGAUCGUUCAGAUCCUCUGAAGAGGACUUCUGAGGAAAAGUUAAUUCAUUUCCUGCUGUAAAUCUUCUUAAAACUGAACUGGUUUUGAAUUUCACCCGAUUAUUGUAGCAUAAACAAGACAGUAGAGGCUGAAGCGUGUUCCUGUGUUGGAUCGCCUUCAUAGGAGGAAAACGUUGACGUUGGUGGAGCCCGUAGUUCUAACAAUAGGGUACUAGGUGAGUAGCUGCUGCAUUUCUGCUGCUUGUUGUGUCUCAGUGGCAGGAUGUCCGCCUCGCCUGCUGAUAGUUAACACAGAACCCAGAGCAGGGUCAGAAUUCAUUCGGGGAAACGGUACGACUCACGUUUGUUACCUUCAGAAGCGUUUUUAUCUGUAGAAACCAGGAGAGGAGGAAAGGCAUGGCCAGCAGUGGAGCAAGCGCAGCAGGAUACAUCACCCCAGAGGCCAUCGGCUUCCUGUCCGCGGUGGGUGUCUUCAUCGUGGCCUUGGCCCUCCUCUUCCUCUUCAUCAAUAAGAAACUCUGCUUCUCUCAUGUCGGUGGGUUGCCCUGUUUAGAGCAACGUGGACGCCACAAGAAGGGACGGUUCGGUGUCCUCCAGGGACUCGUGAACAGUUAUGGGGAAGAAGAUGAGUACAUCACCAGCUCCUCCGACAGCGAUGACGAGAUCCUGAAGCAGUUUGAGAUUUCCGUGUCGCGCUCGCAGAGCUUUCGCUCUGCAGCAGCUUGCACCACUUUGGAGUUGACCCACAAGGCUCAGCUACAGCUCGGUCGGUGCCACAAGUUCACUCGCUUGUCUGACCAGGAGGAGGGCAGCACGGAACCGUCAGACUGUGAAGAAAUGGAGGCUUCAGGCCAGAAGUCCUUCCUGGACCCACUCUGUGUGCUGGCAGAAAAGAGCGAGAGGACGUCCACGCUGUUUUUGGACAAAGCUGCUGGAGUGGAAGCAUCAGUGGCUAAGGACAGUCCCACCCUGAGUAUGAGCCGACAGGCUGCAGAUGGAAGCGAGGAUGCGGAGAACCCUCUGGACUGUGACAAAACAGACGUCCCAGACAGUUCCUCCACUUUGGACCCAGAGCUAACGCCAUCUCCUUGUGAUGACGCUGCCUCUCAGCCAGUCUGCUCCUCCCCUCGAACCCCCAUCUCUACAUGUGGAGACCUGGUCCUCUCUCUGGAGUACCGGCCCGAAUCGGAGAGGCUGCUGGUCACCAUCAUCACGGCCCGUGACAUUCCUGACAAGGCUCGCAGUGGGAUGGACUCUUGGCAGGUGCACAUGGUCCUGCUGCCCUCCAAGAAGCAACGCCACAGGACGUCUGUGCAGAAAGGCUCACUGCCGCAGUUCAACGAGACGUUCCGCUUCUCCCGUUUAGAGCCGUCUGACCUGCAGCUGUCCGCCAUCCGGUUCAGGCUGUACGCCGUGGGGGGGAGGAUGUCCCGUGAGAGAAUGAUGGGGGAGAAGGUCCUUCGCCUAGGGGGGCUUGACACAGACAGGAGCACAAUGGAGGUAACGCUGGUUCUGGAGCCCCGAAGUAAUCUUAAGAGUUUGGACUCCCAGCUGAGUUUAUCAGCUGUGUCUCAGAGUGACAGCGCCUCGUCCACUCAGUCCCUGACUCACGGUGGUGUCCCCGAGCUGCUGGUUGGUCUCUCCUACAACGCCACCACAGGACGCAUGUCUGUGGAGCUCAUCAAAGGGAGCCACUUCAGAAACCUGGCCAUCAACAAACCUCCAGACACGUACGGACGUCUGACUCUGCUGAACUCUGUGGGUCAGGAAAUCUCUCGCUGUAAGACGUCGAUGCGCCGUGGACAGCCCAACCCCGUCUACAAGGAGACAUUUGUCUUCCAGGUGGCUCUCUUCCAGCUGUCUGACGUCACGCUGCUGAUCUCCAUCUUCAACCGUCGCAGCAUGAAACGCAAAGAGAUGGUGGGCUGGGUGGCGCUGGGCCAGAACAGCAGCGGCGAGGAGGAACAGCUCCACUGGCUGGACAUGAAGGAGAGCCACGGCCAGCAGGUCUGCCGCUGGCACGUCCUGCUGGAGGCGUAGCGCCCCGUCUCCCGAAAGCAGGACUUUUUAUCCGUGGGCUUUAGGGAUUAUGGUCAUUUGUUCUUCAGUUAGGAAGUUGUGUGAGUAAAGCGGACACACACAUAGGUCAUGCAGAGUAAGGGUUCUGACGUGACAUCACAUCUGGUUGGAUUCAACUCCGACAGCACUUCUCAUUUUCAGAAACACACACAUUCACACACCAAAAAGCACAUUUUGGAACACCAGGUUCAGCGAUUAGGAUGAUGUAAUCCUAAUAAUCCAAACAUUAGCUUUACAGUAAGAAAUGAAUGGUAAUUUGUUCAUUCAGGGAAGCGGAGUUUGGGUGACAAACUCCAAAUGGCAUUUACAAAGAGGUUCCCCAAAACGCCAGGAAGUGUUUGCAAGGGCUCAGCUUCCAGAGCCUUGUUCUCAUGUCGCUGGAAACUCAGGAAUGUUUUCUGCUGAAACUUUUCCCUCCAAAGCAACCACACCGCUAACAAAAUCAGACAUAAUUUACAACAUCUGCGAAUAAAUUGCAUUUAAUUUGCAUUAAAGUUGCACAGAAUGUGCAGUUUGUCACACGCUUUAUGUGACUUGGCCACGUGGAAAGGUUCCUGCAACAUUCCUGCGUGAUUCCAACUGAUGGAUCAGCCCAAACUGACACGCAGCAACAACCCUUCAGAUGAAUAGACAAGAGUGUGGUGCUUUGUAUGUUUCUGACUGACUAAAUGCAGGAUUUUCUCUCGUAUUUGAUGCCGUGUUUUACAGUGUAGCAUUUCUUCUGGAGGACCACGUGCCCUUAGACAGCAAGAGCGCAGAAGCUAAAUUACUUUAGAGUUCAAGUGGACGAGAAACACGCCUCAUUCAUAUUCAGAUGGCAUUCAUUUCCUCCAACACUCCGACGCUCGCAGACAGGAAGACCAGCAGCUGGAGACUCUUAACCCCGCAUAGAUGAGCCUCAUCAGUGCUGAAUGAUGCUUUCAGGCCUGAACUCCGUCUCAUUCACGUGGAAACGCUCAUGUCAACACGCCGAGCUGAAAGAGGCUUUAAAUGUCAACGCAGCUGUUAAUAAGGUGCAGAGAGUUAUCCAGGAAAGUGUCUGUGAGCGUGCAACGUAGUGGUUACAGCUGUUGAAAUGUGCCGUGCAGCAAUGCUGCUGAUCGUUCCGGUUCCCUUGUGCACAACUAGAAGUCCGAAGUUCAGCCCAGAGCAACGAUCGCUGAUAGAUCUGCACAGAACCGCUUCAUGUUUAGAUUCUGAUCAGACUUUAGGGAAAGUAAGCAUCUGCGUGACAUUUUACUAAACAACAGAGAGAAGAGCUCCUAAACCUGAUCAGACACACUGAUCAUCAGCUGGUCCGGAGCAUACAGGUGUGUGUUAACACAGAGAGACGCCUGUACUGCUCAUCAGUCUUAGGUGGGGUCAUGGGGUCAUGAGGUCAUUCCCGAUUUAUUGGAAGCCCGUCUGCAGAGAUAAAGAUUAUUCAUCCAUGGAAACAUUUUAAAACACUUGGACUCAACGUCCCAGAAAAUCCGUCCCGAGGUCAGUCCAGCUCAGGUAAAUCAACCAAUGAGAUUUGCACCAGAGUCACAGGUGCUGAAGGUCAAAGGUUAAAGUUUAUGAUCAGAUAAUUAAAGGUAAAUGGCCCGUAUUUGAUUUAGUGCCGUCUAGAGUCCUAUAACCCCCCAAGGCACCAUACAACACAAUCAGUCAUUCUCACACACACGCAUUCUCACCCUGGUGAUGGUGAGCUACAGUGUAGCCGCAGCUGCCCUGGGCGCACUGACAGAGGCGAGACGAGGAAAAGUAGGGGGUCGGUAGGGUGAAAGGUGAAAUGAUCUCUCUAAAACAAACACUUCUGAACCUAUAACGGUGCGUCUGAAAGAGACUUCUGAGACUAUGUGCUUUAAAGAGAUGAGACCAAUGUGUGUAAGUUCACCCACGAUGCAAACGUGGAUAUCUGCACAAACACCUCACACCAGCUGUCGGCAAGGUGGUGGGGGGCUGAUGAUUAGGGCUAGGGUCUCUCAGCCUGACAGCUGCAGUCUGGACCACACUGGGUCACCCAACCCUGUGAUCCCAAACACAGCAGCAGAAAGUCCAAGAGAGACAGAAAUGCCACAGCCAAUGGGUGAGAAGACCCCUGAAAGGUUUGUGUCCAGUUACCAGAGCAACUCUGGGAUUGUUGACAUGAGAAACUUUGAGUUAGAGGAAGUCUGUGGGUUGAGUGGGAUCUCCUCGUGGUUGCGAUGUAAAGGUUAAUGUUUCGUUUCCAUGGAUGCAAAAUGAUGAACAGGAAAACUUGGAAUGAUUGGAGGUUGUAGAGAUUCAUAAGUCAGAUGUUUUGUUGGAGCGGUCUCAUCAGCACUGCUGCCCUACUGGCAUGACUUCUAUUUACUGCACAGGAAAAUGUAUUUUAUGCAUGUUGACUUGUACAAAAUCUAUCUGAUAUAUUAUAUUUUUAGCAGUAACUGUCGACUGAAACGUCUGCCAGGACUGUACCUGCAUAUCUGCAUGCUCUAGUCGAAAUGUACGAUUGUGUUGCUGCAGAUGUGAGACAGUCCGAUUGUCCUGCAGAUGUUGUACAGCUACGCUACUGAUGAAGUGCCUGUGACGUGUCGGGAUGAAACAUAUCUACUGCAGCAAAGACGUGAUGCUGACGUGCAUGAAACCUUGCUGUUUCCUGGAUGCUGCUGUAGGCUGCGUGUACGGCAGGUCAGUGUGUGCGAGAUUGGACGAGGGCUGAUGCCAGACUUCACUCACAAGACAUGAUAAACCAAGUCCAGAGCUGAGAGCAUCAACGACAAAGGUCCUUCUGAUUGUUUAUCCAAACAGUGUCAGUUUUUUUGAAGAACUUUUUUCAUAGUUAUCAUCACCGAGGCGUUUCUCUGACCCCUCCUGUCCACCAGACGCGUGAGCGGUGUCUAAGAGGCGUUUUACCCGCCAACUUCCUUCCAACUGGGAGCGAAAACAUUCCAUGCAGCUUCUCCUGCAAUGUCACAAAAUCACGGGAGAGUUCCAACCCCACACGUGAUUUCAAACGUUCACAUGAUAAGCUAGGAACGUGCAUCCACAAAGAGUCUGAGCUUUCUUUUCUGUUCGGUUUACCUCGGCUACAGACGUUUCACAGGAAACAAAAUGUGUUUUUCACUGGUGAAGAAAGCUGCACGUGACUUUUAUUUAGAAAGGUUCUGGUUGUUUUUGACUUCCUGUCUGGCCCAAUCUGAACUGCCAAGUUUGACGUAAUCUUCUGGAAGCGCAGGAACUUUAUGAGCGCGUCCAAAACGUGACGCUUCGCAGACAGUGGAAAGGCACCCGUCUACUAAAACGGCGGCUAGCUGCCACAAAGUACGUUUUUCAGCCGUUUGCCGUGGGUUGAUGGAGAGGAUGGCUUGCAACACUUACUCACUGAUUUAUUUAUCUGUUUUGUUCUUUAAAGAGACUGAAUCCGGAACCGGAUCGUUACAUCUGGGACAGAAAUCUAGAAUAAUCUGGAAGAACAAGCGUCUGUAGAGGAUUGGAUGAAUGUAUCAGUGCAGAGCCCUAAGCUCAGGUUAUCAGCUGGACAACCUCUCAGUUGUGAUCAUAAGUCAGCACGAGGCUCAAGCUGUAGGAGAACAAUAUGCACUGCUAAAGAAAUCUGUCCCUUUUGAAAUGUGGACAUGUCCUCUAAGUCGUGUCCUCAUGCCUUAGAGAUGCAGAUGGACCUGACGAGCCAGCUGUGACCCCCUCAGACUCGAGAGCUGACCUGCUCAGCCGUAGAUCUGAUGACAGACAGGCUUGGCACCAGCGGGACGUUAGUCUAGAAAUCUAGACCAACCGUGUUGGCAGAAGAGUUUUCUUUGCAGGUCAUUCUAGUCGCGCUCCAUUGUAUCCUCAGCAGGUCUACCAUUGGCCCAACCAAUUUAUGCCCGGCCAAUCACAGCACUCUGUUUGAAAAGACGAUGGGCAUGGGCACCAGAGCUUUGACAGAGAAAAACUACAAAGAUGGCGUCGGCACAGGAACACAGCUAAUUUUAACAGCUUUGGCGUCAUCUUUGGAUGAUUUAGACUUCAGCCGGAUCACAUCCACCCUCCCUAGAGCACACCGGCCGUGCUGGGAUUCUGUAGGACUCACAGAUUGCCUCUGGUGUCCUCCCUGAUGAACCUGAUGUUGUCCGUUGGGUUGGGUCCAGCUUGGAUGUUGACCCAGGUGUCCUCCAUGGUGCAGCUAUGAUGUUCCCUCAUGGGCGUCCGGGGCUCUUUUUCCCACCUCCUCCAUUCAGAGGUUACCCACACAUCUAUGCACUUGUCUGCAAAAGGUGUCCCCAUAUUUGGAAAAAAGGUGAAAUCCUGGUCUCUGCUGAGGGAAGAUGUGGCGAGGUUAAGAAUAAGCAAAUCCUCUGCCUCAGGGGUAGCGAGGAGGUCCACAGCUGGAGGGGAGUCGGUGACGUUCUUUGGAUGUCAGGUUUCUCCCACUGGUCCUGAGAAUCUUAGUGGAAGGUCACCUGAUGUUCUUCUCUGGGGGAGUCUGAUGAUCCAUGAUGGGAUGGCUUCCUGCUGCAAUGUAAGGAACUUUUUACUCUUAGGAUUGGGUGAACAGCCUCAAAGGAAGAUGCUAUAUAAACUACUACCACCUGUAGUUGUUGCAUCCUGUGUCUUUGAUGGUUUUGCUGUGGGAUCAUUCUGCUUCGACUGGUUUUAAAACCCACAUUUAUUAAAAGCACAAUUAUAAUUUUGUUUUAACAUCGAACCAAACAUUUGAAUCUGCAUUCAGACCGUUUUGGUUGUUUAAUUCCCCAUCCUUCUCUACCACUGAGUGAGUCAAGUUGUCUAAACGGAAACACAAUGUAGUAGUCCUGACAUGAAGGGUAGGAUAAAGUUUUGCUCUUCUUUUUUACUAGUUUGUGAUUUUCGUCUAUUGCUCCGCAUCUGUCGACGGCCUUUCCUGGCACACAUCCUGUUGCUGAUGCUGAAGCAGAGUACGGUUGUUAUGGAAACAACGAUGCCUCUGUCACUUUGGGCAUGUGAACAUGAACAUGGAUCUUGAACUGGCUGUAAUCCUGCAUGUGGAACGCCUGCAGCACAAAGAAAACACCUUUUUGUACAAAGUUUUAUUGUUGCCAAUAAAAACCUCUUUCUGAAUCCA